GUAUCCGAACCCGAACCCGAUCGGUUCGGUUCCCCGUCGUCGGGGACACAGUACUCUCGAUUGAGUAUCAUCAUUCUUAGUCUUGUCGAGAUCAGUCUUUUUGGUCUUCUUAAGCGACGAUCUCGUUUCUUUCCUGUCAAAUCCUCUCAACUGUCGAUUCAGAUUCUCAAGAAAUUUCAGGUCAAAGAAGCAGUCGAGAAAACGAAGAAGGAUUGGGAUGACGUACAUGGACGGAUCAAAAAUACUAUUUGCUCAAUUAAAGUGUUCGGUAAAUCAGCAAGUUCAACUGGAGAACAAAAAAGUUCACUCCCCAGACUGAAUGGCCUUGCUCAGGAUGGGUUGGCUCAGCUCGAAUCGUUCCGAUUCAAUCUCGAUCUUCUCGCUCCUCAGCUCCCCAAUGACGAUGAAGUUGAGGCUGCUCAGUUCCUGCUUGAAUCCUGGAAACAGGACAUCCAAAGUUUACGAGUAAGUUUGAGAAAUGCUAAUUUGGAAGCCAAGGAUAACCAGAAGAAGGAAGCACAAGAAGAGAGAGAACUACUUUUGGGGGGAGGAACAGAGUCCACAAUUCGCAGGCGCAACUUACAAACCAAAAUGGGAAUGACAUCAGCAGCUGAAAGCAUCACCGAAAGCCUUCGACGGACUCGACAAUUGAUGGUUCAGGAAGUUGAAAGGAAUGUCAGCACACUUAUGACUGUGGAGGAGUCCACUGGAGUAUUAAAAAAAGCUGAAAGUGAAUAUAAGGGGCAUCAUUCUUUGUUGAUGCGAACUCGAAACUUACUCUCCACCAUGCAACGACAAGAUGUUCUGGAUAGGGUGAUACUGAUAAUUGGGUUUAUGCUGUUCUCGUGCGCGGCUCUGUAUGUUGUUUCAAAGCGUAUUGGUAUACUAAAGUUACAAAGGAAAGUUACUGCGGCUAUUAAGUCUGGUAUGGCUGGCCGGCAAGCAAAAGAUGUUGUAGUAGGUCAAGUCGAGCAUGCGAACCGGAUGCACGAUGAACUUUGAGACUUCAGUUUUGCCCAUUCAUUCAUUUAUCAUCUCUAUCUUACGAUGAUUGGCAGGAAUGAUUGGCCUCACCAGUGUUGUAAGAGUAGGAACUUCAUUGAACAAUCCUACACAAAAGUCAUGUAUUAGACGUUUAAUCCAUUACAACGCUUCGAUGAUGUGAUUGAAAUAAGUGAUUUAGUGUUGCAAUUUUAUUAAGGCCACCAUUGAAUUUAAA